AUGGAUGAGGACAGGUGCCAAAUUGACUUCAAACCCCUGAGCUUGGAGAAUGUGCUUAUGCUUGAACAGAUACUUCGAAACCUCUUUGCUACCACUGCGGCCGCCAUCACUGCCCAGCCCACUACACAGCCAUCAUUACCGCCUAUCCCGGAGCCUGCGAUGGUGAAGCAACCUGAUCAGCCCCUCGAUCUUUCCAUGAAGUCGGACAUGUCAUCAGUGGAGGAUUUGGACUAUGCAAGUGGCAGUGAAGGGAUUAAAGAAGUCCAUGGGAUAAGUAUGGACGAUUCAUUCCUCGACCAACAUUUGGAUGGAGAACUUCUGCAAUGUAAGUUCAUCAACCCUCACCCUGAGUGCAAGUGCCUGUAUUAA